AUGGGAACCACUAUUGUUGUGACACUCGUCGAGUUUACAGGGGCGUGUUUGAACGAUGAAAGAAGAAAUUCGUUAUUGGCGCAAGACGACGCAAACAAAACCAUAGAUAUGAAUGUUCCAUUGAGAGAACGGUGGAUGCAAGAUAUCGAGAUGUUCUCCAAGUACUUGGAUAUAAAAUCUCACAAUGCAGCCGAGCAAACGGAUUAUCUGGCAGACAAUCCUGAAAUAAAACAGUUGAUCGCGGACUAUGUUCUGACUCUUCUCAUCGGUAAUCACUUUAUUCACAGGAUAAGCUUUGUGCCCAAUCUGCUUCGACAGAUCGAGUGAUCUUUAUCCGUUGUCGAUCUUUAAUUAGCGAAGCCUGCCAACGUCAUAGACUUCACGAUACAACACUUCAAAGCGUUCGCUAAGGAACCGAAAGCUUGGGACGCCGAUUUGUUUGCGAAGCAAUCUGACAUUGACAUACAUCUGCAGCAACAAGGUCCGAAAGUCCAAUCUGACGUUGUGUGCGAUGUUCACAGGGU